AAAAAGUACAUCCAUCCAUUAGUUAUUGAUCGAUCAAACUCACCAAAACAUGAAGAAGUUUCAACUAAUUAGCUUUUCUCUACUCAUAUUAAUUCCGGCUCUUUGUUUCUCUACUGUUACAUGGGGGGCUGCUUUAUCCACAAUUCUUGAUGUCACACCAGAUUCUGAAGAUUUCUUAAGCUGCCUACAAUCCAAUUAUUAUUCCAACAAUGUCACCUUUAUCUCUCAACUCGUUUUUACACCGGCUAAUUCUUCCUUCCUACCCAUUUGGGAAGCUAGAGUUAAAAACCUUAGAUUCAUUAAAUCCUCCACUUCUAAACCAUCGGUUAUUGUCACCCCUGUUGACGAAUCCCAAAUCCGAACUACUCUUUUGUGCAGCAAGAAACACGGAUACGAGAUGAGGGUCAGGUGCGGUGGCCAUGACUUAGAGGGCCUUUCGUCCACUGCUGAUGUUCCGUUUGUUAUGCUUGAUCUUACUAAUAUGAGAUCUGUAGACGUUGACGUUGCAAAUAGGACCGCAUGGGUCCAGGGUGGCGCUGUACUUGGUGAGGUCUACUAUGCUAUAUCACAGAAGACCGAUACCUUGUAUUUCCCUGCUGGUCUUUGUUCCACGGUGGGUGUUGGUGGGUACUUGAGUGGCGGCGGCUAUGGAAACCUGAUUAGAAAGUACGGUACUGGUGCUGAUAAUGUUGUGGAUGUUCGGUUCAUGGAUGUCAAUGGAAAUAUUCUUGACAGAAAGUCAAUGGGCGAAGAUUUGUUUUGGGCGAUUCGUGGUGGUGGAGCUUCAAGUUUCGGAAUCGUUCUUGCUUGGAAGCUGAGGUUGGUUCCUGUGCCAGAAUUAGUAACUAUUUUCUCUGUUAACAAAACUUUGGAAGAAGGCGCUACAGAAAUCUUGCAUAAAUUUCAAUAUGUUGUACCAAAUGGUGACAAAAAUCUAAGCAUAAGAGUUACAAUAUCUAGCGCAUAUAUAACAAACACUACCAAGAAGACUAUCAAUGUUAUGUUCAAUGGAAUAUAUCAGGGGACAAUUGACACAUUGCUUCCGUUGUUAGACGAAAGGUUUCCAGAGCUCAAUGUCACAAGAGAAAUUUGUGAAGAAGUCAGAAUGGUUCAGGCCUCCCUUGUAUUUGGAGGCUAUACAAGCAACACCUCAACCGAGAUUCUUCUAACCCGGUCUUCCAAUAUUAUUUUAAAUGGGAAAAAUAAACUAGACUAUGUACGAACACCGAUCCCCAUAACCGGACUCAAAAGGAUAUGGAGAAAGGUGUUUGAAAAUGACGGCUCAGAGGUUCUAUACAUGCACCCUUUUGGUGGAAAGAAUGAUGAGUAUUCAGAGACAGCAAUACCAUAUCCUCAUAGAGCUGGGGUUCUGUACCAGUUUCACCAGCAGGUUACUUUUAACGAUCAAAUAUCAGACACUACCCCAACAUCACUUCGGCGAAUAAAUUGGCUGAGAAGCUUCAAUGAGUAUAUAACGCCUUAUGUGUCAAAGAACCCAAGGGAGGCGUAUUCAAACUACAAUGAUCUUGAUUUGGGUGUUGGAAGUGAGACUUAUGAAGAGGCAAGUGUUUGGGGCGAGAGAUACUGGAAGAGAAGCAACUUCAAGAAGUUGAUUCGCAUCAAAGCCAUAGUUGAUCCUGAGAAUUUCUUCAAACACCCACAAAGUAUUCCGGUUUUCUCAAAAUCUCUCUCGGACGUGUAGUGAUCGAAGUGCUUUAUUUUUGCUGUGUCUAUGGCAUGAUUGUAAAAUAUGGAUAUAUAAUUACCUUUACCCCCCCUUCCCAUAGCAUGUUUAAGAAAACAAUAAGAUGUCAUUGGUUCUUCUGGCCUAUAUAUGUAGUACUCUUUAACCCAAUAAUCGAAUGUAUCAAAGUAUGCCUUUUUUUGGAACACAUAAAUAUAUUAUAUUGAAACGAAAA